AUGCGUGCCAUCAGCGGCCGUAUCGCCCUGAAAUGUCUUCAAUUAUUAUCAACAGUCCUUCUGAUAAUCGUCCUCUCCAAUCUGGGUACUCAAUGGAUUCUCCUCAUCGGAUCCCUCUUUGUGCCCCCGUUUGGCAUAUUUAUGAUUCUCAGGUCCCCGGAUCGCCAAAAGCACCUCCUACCCUAUCAGACCUACGUAGCAGUGGCUGCUGGCAGACGAUGGCUUCGAGUGGACGCAGCUCUUUGCGCGUGUAUGUGCCUCGCAUUCCUCGGAUUCUCCUUGAUUCUAAUGCUAGGUGCUGGAAAGACAGCCACCCCCUCACAAUCACAGCUUCUCCUCUUCGCGGGUGUUUGUGGCCUUGUCUCCGCCCUGGCCUACGGUCUAAAUAUGAUCAUUUCAUUGUGUCAUCUCCGAAUGGCUACUAUUGACUUUUCUGGGGCUAUCAUCAAUCAGGCAAAGAUUGCACAACCUGGAAAAACUGCCAAGGUAUGCCCACUGCCAAAUGGUGAAACCCCUCUGCCACUCCAUAUCGACACACUCGAUCGAUUCCACCAAUCGCCUCUUCCAUUCCCGGAUGAUAGUCUAUGUCGGAAUGCCAAAUACAGAAGCGACUGGGAUCUACCGUCAUAUUUUCAGAUUGUCUCGAUUCCCCGCGUGCAAAGCAUCAGCAAAGAGCGUCCGGUAUUCAUCGAUGAUUGGCCAUCCACGAAAAGAAUUCCUUCUUACGAGAAGCCCCUCUAUGAUUGUCGGCAUUUCGGCAUUAAUAUGGUGGCUACAGACUCUACACCCGAACCUUUUCAAGUCUACGAUAUCCCAGCCGAUAGUCCAUCUAUUGACCGGAAGUUGAUACGACCGCCCCGGAAGUCGUCGAUGCCUGGGUUUCAUGUCGAUAAAGCAGUUGGUGACGAUGGUAUUGUGAGAAUUGAUGUCUCGACGAGCCCGAUUAUCCCGAGCACUACACAUUCUACAGUGUCAACCCUGGUCUCUGUCAACGAUUAUUCCUCACUGGAGAGAAAUCGAAAAAUUCGGGUCCAAUCCCCGAGGCCAUCACCCACUACUGAACUUGUUGCCGACGUU